AAUAACGCAGAACCUUCUUCGUUGAUAUCAUUCUUUAAAAGACGACCCAACAGAUCAUCGAUCUCCGAAACUCGACACUUUUUCGAUCGCGAAAACGUUUUCUCCAUCUCUUCUCCGAAAGUAAAACCCUAAUUCAAGGUUCCAGACAUGUUUAAAUUCUGGGGUUCACAAGAACCACAAGAACCACCACCACCACCACGUGUACAAGGCGGACCUGGACAAACUUCAUGGUAUCCACCGUCAGUGGUUAGUUCUUCUAAUUCAUCUCGUCCUUCUACUCCAGGCGGUGGUAGUUCUUUGUCUAGUUUUAAUAUGCAGCAAAGGCCUUCUUCAGAUCGGCCUCAAUCGCAAUCUCAAACUCAGCUUUCUCCGGCUGAAGCUGCAGGCAUUAUUUAUCAAUUGAAGGACAAAAGCGUUGAUGAGUUACGGAGGCUAUUAACUGAUAGAGAAGCGUACAAUCAAUUCUUAUUCUCACUUGAUCAAGUGAAGACUCAGAACAAUCUUCGGGAUGAACUGCGAAAGGAAACGUUGCAGCUAGCAAGACAGAAUAUAGAGAAUGAGCCACGCAUUGUGGAGCUAAGGAAUCAGUGUAGAAUUAUCCGAACAACGGAGCUGGCUGCAGCUGAAGAGAGACUGAAUGAACUGGAAAGACAGAAGGAAGAAACCUUAAAGUUUUAUUCCCCUGUCACUUUGCUUCAGAAAGUACUAGAUGCUGCGAAUAAGACUGAUGAGGAAUCCGAGGUCCUUCACAAACAACUUCUUGAGAAGGAGAUAGAUUUGAGUUCAUUUAUACAGAAGUACAAGAAGCUCCGCACCAGUCACCACAAACACUCUCUUACCCAUUUAGCUGCCAAGACAACCUGUUUAUAGAGACGAUGAAGGUUAUUAUCUAGACAUAUAGAAAAUGGCAGGAUAAAUAUUUUACUGUACUUAUUGUUGACAUAAGUAAAAAUAUUAGCUUGCUAACUUAAAACUAUCCCCUGUACUUUUUUCCAUCUCAUCUGCCUGUUGUAUUGCAAUCUCAAACGUUGUUUUCGUAACACGUUACUUUAUAAAACCAUAGGAUUGAGGAAACUAAUUGGUUUCGAAGCGUCUUGUUUUUGUA